AGUAGACGUGAGCAGGUGUCCGCAGUGUUUGUAAUUAUAACGCGUAUUUAUUCGAAGUAUAAAUCUGGUCUGGUAGUUGGGCAUAAAGAAACAGUUACUGGGAAGCGCAGAAACCAGACGGCCAUCUUGAGCAACAGGAGUUCAACGGCCAAACGGAUCUGUAUUCGGAAGGACUCAGACAACAGCAAGCAACGUAAAUGCAACGGCAAGAAAUGUUUAUGACUGUCAAAGGUGAACAGCGGCCAGUGAAUUCAGAGCAGCUCAUAGUUUUUCUAAUGGAAGACAUAAAAGAGUUCCACCACGAUUCAGCAGCAUGUGUCACGUUUUCCGAUUGGUAUGUGCGAUAUGAAUCACUAUUUCACGACGAAGGAAGCAAGCUCGAUGAUAAUGCAAAAGUGCGGUUGCUACUAAUAAAACUAGGCAUGGCAGAGUACGAGAUGUAUUGCAGCUACAUAUUGCCUAAAACAACGAAAGAUUUUAAUUUCGACAGCACGGUAAAGACCAUGAAGCUAUUGUUCGACCCGCAGGAGUCAAAGUUCAGUAAACGGGUCAAGUGUUUGAGGUUGGAAAAAAUGCCUUACGAGGACUACGUUACGUUUGCGUGCCGGGUGAACAAAUCGUUUGUCGAAGCAGAAUUUGCUCAAAUGUCCGAAGAAGCCUUCAGGUGCUUGAUAUUCGUGUGUGGAUUGAAGGACAAUCAGGACGCAGAUAUUCGUAUGCGGUUGAUAAGCAUGAUUGAAGAGCAGACAGAUGUCACGCUGGAACAGCUGAUGGUCGAGUGCCAAAAACAAAUUAACCUACGCCAAUAUGCAGCACUCUUCAAAGGUGAACAGACUAAAGGACAUCUCACCAAAAAAGAAUGUAAAGUUCCGUGGCCCAAAAUACAGAAACAGCCCCACGUAGCUCGCCAAUCUUAUGGCCGAAACCGAUAGUCGAAACACUGCUACAAAUGUACGAUCUUAUACAUCGCUCCAGCAUAAUUUCAAAUUUUGCAACACCUGUAGUAUAGCGAUUAUGCUACGUUGGCUUUUCUCCCGGCAUCAAAUCGUCGAUUUCAAAGCAGAUUGCGGGCAAUGAUGUAGAAACGCAGGGGAUUUAAUGAAUCGUGUAUAUCUCUGAAAUCAUGGACAGGACUGGACUUUUUGUCGCAUGCAUGUCGGCAUUCUUCAAAACCACACGAUAAUUACUUGAUGAAGGACGGCGAUAGAAAUUGCCAGGAUAUGGUACCUAUGAUAUCUUCGACGUCACUGUCGUCAUCACCAUCGUCAUCUUCAUCGUCUUCAUGAUUUUGAUCGUCUAGGGCAGUUACUAAAAUACGACAUUCCCAAGGUUAACAGCAGCAUCUAGGGAGAUCUUCGCCAGCUCGAAGACCUCCACAGUAGGUCGUCGCUUAUCAGCAAUUUAAAGAAGGGACAAUUCAUGGUGUUUAGACGUGUUGUAACCGUGAUCAGUGAGUUCUAAGCGAUACACUAUCAACCGAUGCCCAGGAAUGUCAAUUGUUGAUAUGUGCAAGCGCGGUCGACUCGCUCUCUGUUCGUAAUUAUUGUACUGCUAUUCAGACACAUAUUGUAAUUGUAUCAUUAUCUUUUUUUUAAUGUGAUUGUCCUUUCACUGCAAGGUUUUUGAAAUUUAAAUUUAAAGCUUUUUAUGCAGUAGUUAUCAAAGUGAUUCAAGAAAACAAUUUCUUUGCAAAAUUAUGUUCAAGUUUUUCAAUCGUUUUUCGAAAUAUAAACUAAGUAGGAAGAGAAAACGAAGUACA